UCCCUUCUCUUGGGUCGCGUUCCGCUGCAGAACGUAGUCCAUAAACUACGCAACUGAUUUGGCCGUGCUGUGAAACGGGUGAAACUGCGGGAAGCGUCGGCGGCCAUUGACGAUGUUGGUAGUCGAGGUGCCGACGUCUUCGCCUGGGGUCGCCAUCCCGACCGUCUGAGAGUCGCGGGACCUUGCCAACUGAGGUAGCUAGCGCGUACUCGACAGCACUGGUGCACCAUCGGAUAAGGUGAAGAAGGAGAAGAAGAAGAAGAAAAAAAAAAAAUUCCGCGCCAGUGUGUGUGUGUGUGUGUGUGUGUGUGUGUUGUGCGCCGUCGGAGUGCCUGCGGCGGCUAGGCGGCCGCAGCGCAGGAUGGCUCUGAGUUCAACGCUGUCCGCAGCUCCCUGUAGUAAUCGGGAUUCGCAUCGGUGAUCGUACGGCAACAUCACUGACGUGUGCCUAAGCCUAAGUGUGUGUGGUUUCGGCUCCGGCCGCGCACGUUGCUCGGCUGUCGCGCAAUCAGGAGUCCAGGCUCCCGAGCCCGAAGAAGGAUGGAUUCCGCGAGACAUCCAGCGGGGCCCAUCGACCGGCCGCGGUGAAGCCGGUGGCCCAUGCCCGGGGCACGUCGUCGCUGCGGCCGCCGGACAUGCUGAGGGGCAGCAGGCAGCAGCAGCCCCCCAAGGAGCAGCCCGACGAGUGUGGCGAGCCAAGCCGGAGGCCCUGCAAGGCCAGGCAGCAGCCACCGCCACCCUCGGCGCGACAGCCGGCCGCUCGUCGCCGCACGCCGCCCGAUGGCGGUCCUAGCCGGCGGCCAGCGGCUGGCGCAGCUCGCGCUCGACCCGAGCCGGCGGUGGCGGCGCGAGGCUUCCGCUACGUGACAGUGCAGCAGCGCCGCUUGGCGCCCCGGCGAGCCGGCGAGCUGGAGGACUCCGCAGUGGUAGAUGACGAGCGGCGUGACGUUGCGCCGCUGGUGAUGGUGCGCGACGGUGAUGAUGCACUCGUGCUUGACAGCAGGCCCGAGGAUGGCGCCGCUGCAGAGAAGGCCGCGUCGGCUAUUGCAGUCAGCGCCGAUGAGGACGUCCAGGCCAGAGACACAUCGCCCGAUGGUCGCUUUCUCAAGUUUGAGGAGGAAAUUGGCCGCGGCUCCUUCAAGACUGUAUACAAGGGGUUGGACACUGCCACGGGGGUGGCUGUCGCCUGGUGCGAGCUCCAGGAACGACUGAACAAGAGUGAGCGGCAGCGCUUUCGCGAAGAGGCUGAGAUGCUGAAGGGCCUUCAGCACCCCAAUAUCGUGCGCUUCUUCGACUACUGGGAGGUGAACACAGCGAAGCGCAAGUUCCUGGUGCUUAUCACAGAGCUCAUGACAUCAGGCACGCUCAAGACAUACCUACGCCGCUUCAAGAAGAUCAAUAUGAAAGUGCUGAAGUCGUGGUGCCGCCAAAUUCUCAAGGGCCUGCACUUCCUGCACUCGCGGCCGCCACCCAUCAUUCACCGUGACCUCAAGUGUGACAACAUCUUCAUCACGGGCACCACAGGCUCGGUCAAGAUUGGAGACCUGGGCCUGGCCACCCUAAAGAACCGCUCGUUUGCCAAGAGUGUCAUUGGCACUCCUGAGUUCAUGGCCCCCGAGAUGUAUGAAGAGCACUACGAUGAAUCGGUGGAUGUGUAUGCCUUUGGCAUGUGCAUGCUGGAGAUGGCCACAUCCGAAUACCCCUACUCGGAGUGCAGCGGGCCGGCCCAAAUUUACAAGAAGGUCACCACGGGUGUACGGCCCCAGUGCUUUGACAAGGUGGAGAGUGCAGAGCUGCGAGACAUCAUUGGCCAAUGCAUACGGCUCAAGAAAGAGGAAAGGCCAACCGUGAAGGAGCUUCUGCAGCUGGACUUCUUCCAGGAGGACAUGGGCCUUAAGGUUGAGUUUGUCAACCGCGAGGAGAGCCUGGCAGGCGGUGCUGACAAGGUGGAAUUGCGGCUGCGCGUACUGGAUCCCAAGAAGCGCAAGGACAAGCACCGCGAGAAUGAGGCCAUCCAGUUUGAGUUCCACGUAGAGAAUGACAACCCCGACGAGAUAGCCAAGGCUAUGGCUCUUACCGGUAUCAUAAUGGAAGAGGAUGCCCGCAUUGUGGCCAUGCUCAUCCGAAACCAGAUCGCUGCCCUGGUGCGUGACCGGCAACACCUCCAGAUGCAGGCGGCUACCACGCUGGUGACACAAGCAGCACAGCAGGCUGCUGCUACGCAGCCGCCGCAGCAGCCAGUGGUCGAUGGUCAUGCCGAGGCAGCCGACGCCAAUGAGCAGGCAAUGCAGCAGCCUGCCCACAGUGUGCCUUCAAGCAUCGCCGAGAGCGCCUUGUCUGCCGAAGGCUCUCCAGAGGACACACUCCAUGCGCCUCCAGUGGACCCAGCCCACCGGACUGUGCCCCUGCAGAGUGCCUUCGUGCCCCCCACUGUGCCCUCAACAGCUGGGCAGCAACCGGCCAGUCGGCAGCCUCCCAUGCAGCAGGUUGUCUCGCAGCAGCCACAGUAUGCAAGCGCCUUUUCGGCAGUGCCAGUCAGCCCCCACACAAGUCCAGCCCCCCAGACGGCGCAGGUUUCUUCAGCACCGGGGCCCCCUCAGCCCAGUGGAGCAGCAGCAGCAGCAGCAACGGACGCUCAGCCGCCACCGCAGGUAGGAGGUCGUGUGCGCCCCCCACCACUGAACGAGCUUCCCCGAUUGGUGCAGCUGGCCAGGGGCAGCCCCCAGAGCCCCGCCAUCCUUGUGUCCCCUCCGCGAUCAUUUACGCCGAUCCCAGCGUGCGUUGCCAAUGGUGACGUGUUUGCGCCAAGUGCAUUUGAGCUGCUGCCGCCACCUGCGCGCCGCAACUCGCGCCAGCUCGUGGCGUCUGCACGGUCGUUGUCGGCCAGCGACCUCAGCAUCAUCACCGUGGUCUCUGCUGCACUGGAGCCUCGUCGGGAAGUCGGGGCAUCGCUGGAUGCUGAGCGCCUCGAAGCGGCACUGCUGGGGCGCGAGAUGGAGCAGUCAUUUCGUGCGUCAGGCCGCCGAAUCAUGGCACAGGGCGUGACAACCAUUGCCAGCGUGCGUGGCGGCAGUCUUGUGCGGAGCACCUUUUCGGCAGAGGCGGCGAGCCGCAAGCUUUCAGUGCCGGACCCUCCGCCAGCAUCGGCAGUGCCCCUGGCCCGUCCUGCCUCAUGCCACCAGCUGAGCACCGUCCUGGCAGGCAGUGCCAAGGAUGAGCCUUUGGCCCAUGACACGGAAACCAUGCAGCCCUUCUGUCAACCCACGGUCAUUUCAUCUCAGCUCUAUGAUGACCUGCGUGGCGACAGUGCCUCUGCCCUGGACUCUGCAAGUGAGGCAAGUGACCUGACAGACUCGAGCGCACGAGAGAAAGCACGGAAAAAGGUGACCAAGCGGAGGCGAGGGGCCCAGGUGGAACAGCGCUGGCCGCGUCUGCUGGUCCUCUCCGUCGAAGGGGGCUCGGUGGUCGAGUGCCAGCUCGAGUCGUCCAAGGGCAAGACAGUCACCUUCAAGUUUGACAUACAUGACAUGUUUCCCCGGGACAUUGCCAACAACCUGGUGGUGACGAACCUGCUUGCCGAACAGCACGCAGACAUGUUUGUGGAGCAGGUGCAGGACAUUGUGCAGCAGCUAAAGGAGCACCCGGAGCGACUGCCCAUUGUGUCCAGCCAACCCACGGACGGGCGCCUGAGCUUUGAGAACAUGGAGAACAGCAUCGUGCCAGCCUGCCGUCCCCCCGAGAAGGAAUCGAGCGAGCCACCUGGGUCGUGUCAGGGCUCACCUGUGCGCCAGCUCAAGCCCCUGACAGCUCAACUUCAGCAGGCUGUCACUACGGGCCGCUUGGCUCCCAGUCCUGUGGAGGAGCAGGCGCCCCCAUUCCCACAGUCAGUCACCACCAGCCUGCCAGUUGCCAUGGUGCAGCCUCCAACACCAGUCGCCAAGCUGGUUCCUGCUCAGGUGAUUCCAGAAGGGGAUUCCAGCUCGCGGCUGGCCUCGCCGUGUGGGGACGACAAGCAGCCACCCCUGAGCUGCUCUCUGGUGCCUUCCUCCACUGCUGUCGCUGCUAACGCUACUGCCGCCGCUGCCACACCCCCCUCCUCUUCUGUCGCUAGCGCUCUUCCUACGCAUGGCGAAGUGCGGCCACCAGCCGAUGCAGCCACGCCCCACAGUGCCACCCCGCAUGCACUGAGCAGCGAGAACAGCUUUUCAGAGUCGGAGCCUGGAAGCAUGCUGCCUCAACAAGCUCACACCGUUGUCACAGACCUGGGUCACCUGCAGCAGAGGCUGGUGGAGCUGACCACCCCGAGCAACCACCCUGCAACAGACCCUGCCCUUGUGCCAGCUGAGAGCCCUGCAGCCAGCAUAGCCCCUGUCGAGCCAGCAGCUCCUGGUUCACCCAAGCAUCUGCCGGUACACACUGUGGCAGCAUCAGUUGUUGCUGUGUCUACCGCCCCUCCUGCUGUGGUGACGGUGGCGCCAUCCAGCUCGCGGCCUUCUUCGGUGCCACCUGAGCGCAAGCCUGCCGUAGCAACCAACCUGGAGGACUUGAAGUUGGAGCUGCAGAAGCUGCACGGCAACACCAUGAAGAGUAACAUCGAGCAAGGGCUACAGGCCAUAUUCUCACAGAACACUGUGGCCCCAGUGCUGACGCCUGCACACUCGCAGCCGCAGGUGCCUCCGCUUUCCGUGUUUGCAGAGCACUCGGCCACUGUCUCCCACUCUGUGGGGGCUGUGAUGCCACAGGCAACCUCGGCAGCAGCAAUCUUGUCAGCAACGUCGGUUCCUGUGUGCACCCAAUCGGCGGGCCAGAUUUCUACUGAUACUGGCAGCAACAUUCCAGUGCCACUGGUGACACUGGCAGGCAAUGCGGGUAGCACAGCAGCCACUGCUGCAUCACCUGUGUCAGCGCCCUGCACCUUGCUGGAGCCUGCCGUAACUCGGCCACAAGGCAUAUCUCUUGCACAGCCUGCAUCCAGUGCAGCUGGGCCAUCUGCAGCAGGUCGCUUUUCCCGCUUCCAUGUGACCCCUGUUCGUGAUGACCCUCUCCUUGGGAGUUCCACCAGCCUGCCAUCGACGCCAUCAUCAUCCUUUACAAGCACCCUGGCCCCAACACCAGCCACCAUGACCACCAGCACUGCUGCUUCGGUCACUGCGACUGAGGCACCAACAGUGGCCACCACGGCCACUUCGCCCAUUCCACCAAUGCCUCUAGCAUCGACCACCACAUACCCCCAUGAAACGGCAGUUGGCAACCACAAUGAUGGGGAAGUGACUCGUGGUGGCUAUGUGGUGAGCACGGCCACACAGACCAGUACCACAGAGAUGAAAGCAGCAGCACCUGUGUCAGUGAGCUGUGGUCGCUUCCAAGUGACCACUGUGGUGGACGAUAUUGCCGCUACUGGUGUGCUAGCCAAGCAAAAGCCACCAGCCAUUGACCUUGACGAGCACACCAAGUGGCAGCCCUGCGGUUCACCUCCUCCACUCUCCCGUCACACACUGCACCCUGAGCGGCCGUCCGCCCGGAGCCGCCUUGCUGCCCAUCUCUUCAGCCAUGACUCAUCGUGUCAAACGCUGGACGACUGCCCUGACCCGUACGCCACAUUUCCUUACGGCGCAGACAGGCGCCUUGACCCCCCAACCUCUCUCGAACUCGCCCUGGCGAAGAUUAUGCGUGGCUACUUGCGUUCCUCCGACUCUGGCGGUGACGUUUCCUCGCUGUCACAAGCCUCUCUCGAGUCGCUGGCACCAGCCAGUGAGGCCUGGAAAGUCCGUGUGCAUGUGCGUGACGCUGAGGUGCAGACUGAGCGGCCACUGCAGAAAAAUGCCUGUGUCGGCACCAUGUCUCCCCAGCUAACCCCGCGACGCUUCUUGCUCUCCCUGGAGCCCCCAACACUGGCCAAGGCACGCAGCCUGUCGUCCCUGAGCCCCAAGGAAGGCUGCGAACGCUGUGCAGGCCUGAGCCCCACGGCGUCCCCACCCUGGAGCUCGCCCUGCAGCUCGCCACCGCUGCAACGCCGCAGUGCCCCACGCGCAAUUCCAGUGGGCAGUGCUGAGAGGGUGCGCGGCGCAAGCCUGGUUGACUGUGGGCGCAGCCUCUCCCUGAGCCAAUUUUUGUUGGCCUCUUCUGUGCUGCAGGCGGCUCUCACUUCGGACCAGACACAGGAGCCGGAAGAACCAGACGACCCGGAGGAAUUUCUCAAGCAGCUACUGGCACGGCAGCAGCGUGAGCGAGAGGACUUGGAGAAUCGGCACCGCCGUGAACUGGAGUGGUUGCGGCAGUGUCUGCGAGGGGCAGCGUGGCCCCUGUGUGAGGCACCCAAUGGGGCAGGGCCCCCUGCAGCAGCACGCCUGCUGCCACACUCCCAGUCGGCACCACACUUCCCUCGCCACAUGCCGCCUUUGUCAACAUCACCCGAGUGGCACAGUCCUCCUCCGCUGCAUCUGGCCUCUCUGGAACGAGGGGCUCUGCAUCGUUCCAACUCUGAGGGCCUGCCACCCGAGCCCCUUGGUGCUAGGCCUCUGGGCCGCACUCGAACCCUCACCGAUGACCUUCUGAGGUUGGUGCAGCUGAAUGGUGCAGCAGCACGGGCAUGCCCGACAUCCCUGAGCCCAGAGCCUAAGCCCACUCUUCACCAGCUGAUGCAGCAGAGGCACAGCACAGUGACCGUGAAGGAAGGACCCCCCCCCGUAUAUCCACCCCUGCAGUUUGGACGAGGCAUGCACCGUCACCAGUGAUGACACUGCAAAGUGGACGCACUUUGAGCACCACGGUGCAAGAACAUCAGCUCUUCAAAUGCCCCGGAGCCUUCCCUGCAUGGCAGCCAAGAGAAAAAAAAUUCCAUGCUUCACUGCUUUCAUAUGCACCUUUUGUGCAGGAACCACACCAUGUUUGCGGCAGAGCCUUGGGCAGUUUUACAUCUAAGGGAAAAUGAAUUCCUCUACCACCAUUCCCACACUGCGCAGGAGCAGGCAUUACACUCGCUGCUUUUAGGUGCAGUUAUUCACUCUGUCAGGGUUGCAUUUUUUAUAGUUGCUCUGCAUUGUAGAUCAACUCUUGUUGAAUAUGCUGGUCUCCUGCAGUUGCCAAUCACUCACUUUUUAUUGGGUGAUUCUUUUUUUUUUUUUUCUUCACAUUCUCAAGGGAGCCUAAGGCUGACAAGAAAUGUGCUGUCUGCUUUGAAGGAGAGAACCAGCCUUUCCUUCAGCCUCAAAGUGCAGAGCAGGAUGUUGAUACACGUAUAGCAGAGCAAGACAGUCCCCCCCUCUUCACUGCGACCAGGGCUGAGAAUUCAGCCUGUCAUCUCUUUGAAGGAGGUUGGCGUCUUUUUCUGUGACCUCUCUUCCUUUGCUCUGUUUUAUUGGCAAGUUCGGUGCACGUGGUGAAGGGGCCAGCAUCUCAGUAGAUAUGCACAGUGACCAGCAGUGCUCCGCUUUGAUGACACACAGCCUUGUCGUUCCCAGUUGUCAAUUAGCUGAGGCGUAGAUGAACCACUUUCUUUCAACUGAUGAAAUCCUCCUCGCACAAGGGAGAGGAGCAGAGUCUUCCGUGAAGGUCGUGAUUUUUAGCUGUCCCAUUUUUUAUCUGCGUCUCUUUCUUCAUGGCACGUGACAGUGAUGUUGGAGCAAGUGCAAGUGUUGACUGUCGUGUGAGUGAAUGGCGGUCUACGUGAGAGGAGGAAGACUUUUGAGUGAGUGAUGGUGUAGAGACAUCAUGGCCCCCCUCAUUUUGUUCACCUUUCUCGUUUCUUUUAUUGCUGCAAGCAAUGUUUCUGGUGCUGUGGCAGCAGCAACUGGACAUUUAUUAGAGUGCUUGCUUAAUGAUGUAGAGAAAAAAUGCAACUUUCUAGGUAAUAUUCGUACAUAUUUAAUAAUAAAAAGGAUGCUGUAUACAA